UAUUUGCAUGGCGGAUUUUCAAACUUUCAAAUCCCUCUCAAAUUCACAAAUCACAAACCCUCGUCCCCGCCAUCCCCAAUAUUAACAAACCCCUUCUUAACGGUCUCUCCCCGCACACCCACACACAGUUACCUUUUAGUGGGUGUGGUUUGGUGCCUACAAUUUACUGUAUCUAUCUCGCAGAAUUGGAGGUUUAGUUGAAGAGAGCAAUGGCGUUGCCGUCUACACACGCCGGAGCAGUCACGGAAUCUGGAUCUAAAGAUAUACCUUAUUGCCGUAAACAAAAAUCCCUCGGCCUUCUUUGCUCCAAUUUCUUGAGCUUGUACGAUCACGAUGGCGUCGAGUCAAUUGGGCUCGACGAUGCCGCGUCAAAACUAGGAGUGGAGAGGAGGCGGAUCUAUGAUAUAGUGAAUGUUUUGGAGAGUGUUGGCAUUCUUAUGAGGAAGGCGAAAAAUCGAUAUACUUGGAAAGGGUUUGGGGCGAUCCCCAAGGCUUUGGAAGACUUAAAAAGAGAAGGUUUAAGAGAUAUUGUGCCUGCAGCUGAUACAAGUUGCUCUGAGAAAAUUUCAGACGAUGAAGAAGAUGAAAUGUGCUCAGAUAUGAACAGCUUAAGUCAAAAUGAUAGAUCGGAUUCGAGUUCUGUUUUUAAACGUGAUAGUAGGAAGGAAAAGUCUCUUGGGCUUCUUACACAGAAUUUUGUUAAGCUGUUCCUUUGCACUGAUAUGGAUAUGAUUUCUCUUGAUGAUGCUGCGAAGCUUUUGCUUGGUGAUGGAAAGCACACUUCGAUGACUACUAGAACGAAAGUCAGAAGACUGUACGACAUUGCCAAUGUUUUGUCUUCCAUGAAAUUUAUUGAGAAGACUCAUCACCCUGAGACAAGGAAACCGGCUUUCAGAUGGCUGGGGCUGACUGGUAAACCGGAUAACAGAACUGAUGAUUCCUUGAUUCUAAGCGAUUCUAAGAAGAGGAUAUUUGGAACUGAUCUCACUAACGCUACUACGAAGAGGCUCAGGAUGGAUGAAGAAAGAUUCAAAAUCCUAAAGGCGCAUAAUCAAGUACAAGUUAAACACGAGAAAGAAAACGAGGAUGAGAGGGUAACUGCUGGAAAGAGUUACCAGUUUGGCCCUUUUGCACCUGCAAAUGUGCCCAAGGUUGGAGAUUCUCAUGAUGGAAAAGGGAAAGAUGUUGAUUGGGAAAGUCUAGCCUCUUCUUACAGACCUCAGUAUCACAACCAAGCUCUGAAAGAUCUUUUCUCGCACUUUGUUGAAGCAUGGAAAUCAUGGUACUCUGAGGUUGCUGGGAAAGGCCCUAUACAACUUGGGUCCUAAAGCCUUGCCUCAGAAUUUGAAGUUUGAUAGUGGAAACGUUGAGGUACACUUGUAGACUAAGAGCAGAUAGCUUGAUGGUGAAUGCACACUCCCAGUGCACCAAGUUACAUAACUCACAGGAAUCCAUCAAUUGUAACGUUUAAUUACAACUUUUUCUUUUUUUCCUCUAUACUUUCUCUCCUCUUUUCUUUUCUUUGGCUUUAAAUAAGCCUAACCUCUCACAUGUGAUUAAUCUAGGAUGCACAUUUGCAUUAUUGAUCCAUUUUUCAUUUAUGAUCUCGAUGAAAUGAGGAUGUUUAUUCAA